GUCCGCCGCGAGGCCAGAAAAGAGGUUGGGGAAGAGGCGGGCCUUUAUCUGCAUAUUCAUGAGCUCGGGCGUGGCCAGGCGAGAUGGAAUCUUUCCCCGGGAGGAAAAGGCGCGUGCGUGCAACCCCGGGAGCAAGUCCUGGGCUCCGCGGCCGUCGGAGGGGAAGGGGGAGGCCGAGGAGGAGGAGGAGGAGGAGGAGGAGGAAGAGAAGAAGGAAGGAAGGAGGGGGGGUCGGAUCGGGGCCUCUGCGCCCGGAGCGUGCCUGGCUGGGAGGAGGCGUCGCCUGCUGUGCCGGAGCCCCGCAGCACCCGGGCCCACGGGGGUCCGCGAUGAACAAGUUGCGCCAGAGCCUCCGACGCAAGAAGCCCGGCUACGUCCCGGAGGCCAGCCGCCCCCACCAGUGGCAAGCGGACGAGGAGGCCGUGCGGAGCGGGCGCUGCAGCUUCGCUGUGCGGUAUCUGGGCCACGCUGAGGUGGAGGAGUCCCGGGGGAUGCAUGUUUGCGAAGAAGCCGUGAAGAAACUGAAAGCGAGUGGCCGCAAGUCGGUGAAAUCUGUGCUGUGGGUCUCGGCUGACGGGCUGCGCGUUGUGGAUGACAAGACCAAGGAUCUGAUUGUGGACCAAACCAUCGAGAAAGUCUCCUUCUGCGCCCCGGACCGCAACUUUGACAAGGCGUUUUCCUACAUCUGCCGGGAUGGGACCGCCCGCCGCUGGAUCUGCCACUGCUUCUUGGCCCUGAAGGAUUCGGGCGAACGCUUGAGCCACGCCGUGGGCUGUGCCUUUGCCGCCUGCCUGGAGCGGAAGCAGAAGAGGGAGAAGGAGUGUGGCGUGACGGCCUCCUUCGAUGCUACCCGGACCAGCUUUGCACGGGAGGGCUCCUUCCGCCUGCCAGGCCCCCCGCCCUCCGCCACGCGCCCCUCGGGAGCACGGCCCCCGCAGGACAGAAAGAAAACCGAGGCAGCCGCGGCCCCAGUGGCCCCCUCCCCGGCCCCCGCCCAGCCUGGCAGCGCCUCCCCGCCACAGGGGGCCACGUCGCCAGAGGACAAGGCCGAGGCGGGGGGCCCACACGCCAUCCCCCGCCGCCACGCCCCCCUGGAGCAGCUGGUGCGGCAGGGCAGCUUCCGGGGCUUCCCCGCGCUGAGCCAGAAGAACUCCCCCUUCAAGAGGCAGCUCUCCCUGCGCCUCAACGAAUUGCCCUCCACCCUGCAGCGCAAGGGCCACCUGGGCGACGCAGUAAUCGAGCUGGACUCGACUCCCAACGGGGACACGGAUGGCAUCUCCGCCCUCUGCAGUCAGAUCGAUGCCUCUCUAGCCCAGCCAGGAGCUCCCGCCGCCGCCGCCGUGCCCAUGGAAGGGGGCAGCACAGGUCCCUCCGCCUGGUCCGGCUCCUCGGCAGGAGCCCCCGUCACGCCCCCGUUCCAGCCCGGGCACAAGCGGACACCCUCGGAGGCAGAGCGCUGGCUGGAGGAGGUGGCCACGGCGGCCAAGGCCCAGCAGCAGGUGGCCGUGGCCGUGGCCCUGCCUAGCUUCCCGCUGGGCUACGAUGCGGCCGCCCCGCCCGUGGCCAUGUUUGCCCCCCCGGCCAUGCCGCCUGCCUUUGUGCCCAUGGGGGUGGCCUACCCGCCCUCGGUGCCCUACGCCCCCGUUCCCAGCGUGCCGGUGGUGGGCAUCACGCCCUCCCAGAUGGUGGCCAAUGCCUUCUGCUCCGCAAGCUCCCAGGCGCCCCCCACCAGCCUGGGGGCCAAAGCCAGCCCCUUCCCUCCGGGCCUGCUGGGCCCAGCGCAGCCCAAGCCCAACGGGACCGCCUGGCCCCCUGAGCAGAGCCAGCCGGCGCCCCCUGCCCCCUGCCCGCAGCCCCCCGAUCCCUUUGAAGCCCAGUGGGCGGCCCUGGAGAGCAAGACUCCCUCCGCUGCCCCCAACCCCUUCUCCAGCGACCGGCAGAAAACCUUUGAAAUUGAGCUGUGACCACCGUUUCCGCGCCUGGACAGUGUCGCCCCCCCUCCACUCCCCCCUUCCCCCUAGAAUCUGCUCUGUGGCGGAUCAGGGCCCCCCCCCCCGCCCGCUCCUCCCACUGGCCUGGGUCCUGCUUGGGGCAGUCAGGGCUGCCGUCUCCUGGGGUGGGUCCUGCAGCGACACGGCUGGGUAGCAGUCCAGCGGCAGAGCAGGCCAAGGGAGGCUCAAGGCUGCUCAGCGGGGUGGGGGGUGGCCUGGGGCACGGGUGGCCCCGGCUGGUCUGGUGCUGCGCCUCUCUGCUCCGGAGCGGAGAGAGGGGCCCCGGUGCGUCUCCUGCUCUGGCCCCCUUCUGGGGUGCCCCCCCCGCUCUUCCGCAAAAAGCACCUCGCAGACGGGGGGCUGUUCCGACCCUGCAGCUGGCAGCCUCUUCAAACGUUGUGCCAGCAUCCUGCUUGGGGGAAAGAUGGAUCCCGCACAGGGUCCUGAUCCAGUGUUUCCCGGGGGAAGAACACCUUCCCUCCCCCUCCGUUGGUUUUGUUUCUACAUUUUUUUUAUUUAUAGCAUUCCCAGUUGCUGGAUAUUGGUGCUUAAAGGGGGGGGGGCAUGUCAAGAGACUGUCUCGUGUUCCCUCCCCUUUGGGGGCUGCUUUCUUGACUGCUGCCUCUUAAAAAGAAGGCCGGGGGGGGGCAAGGCUGGGCUCAAAUGAAGGUGGGGGCAUCAGGGGCUGCGGGGCUCCUUGGGCAGGGCCUUCCUUGGACCCCAUCCCAGGAGCACUGCAGGCGACAGGGAUUGUCUGGGGAGGGGAGGAGAAGUCCCAGGGGGUGGGGGGGGGAGCAUUCCAUGGGGCAGAGGGCUUCCCCCGUUUCGGGUGGUCCCCUCAACGUUCAGAAGUGGAACUGGACGUUCCCAGCAGACGGGACUCCCCUUUAUGUUGAAGGCCUGGCAGAGGCAGCGGGGGGGGGGAGAGGGGCAUGGCACAGCCACGGGAGGGGGCCGUGGCGCUGCUGCAUCCCCCCCCCCGGGAGCUGCUGCCGGACUGUGGACUGGGUUUUAGGCGCCAACUGCACCGCCACGCCAAAGGGCGGGGGAAGCUCAAGGGAGUGAAUGGUGCCUCUUGCAUGUGCGGGGGGGGGGGGCGGCUGCACCAGCUCAUCCUUGACCCCUCCCAGCUGAGCUGCUAUGGCUCCCCCCAGCAACUUGGAGGGAGUGCCUGGGCCCUGCAGAGAAGAGGAAUGGGGCGCAUUUUCUUCCCCCCGCCCCUGCAAACUGCCUGGACCAGAAAAUGGGGGUGGGGGGGGUGGAAGGUAUUUUCUAUCUUAUUUCCAAAUGUUUUGUAUCAAAGAAUCCUGCAUAUUUGUAUUCUAUAAGAAAUAAAUAACAAUUAAAGCCACUAAUAUAAUAGCCCCA